AUGACCCAGCCCGUCACCCUCUAUGCCUUCCCCACUCCCAACGGGGUCAAAGUGAGCACGUUGCUCGAGGCGCUCGAAGUGCCGUACAAGUACCAGAGAGUGAGCAUUUUCGGCGAGGUGAAAUCAGACUGGUUCGUCAAGUUGAACCCCAACGGCCGCAUCCCCACGCUUGUCGACCCCAACACCAACACCACCAUCAGUCAGACGGCGGCCAUUGACUACUACUUGGCCGACACUUACGACAAGGAACGCAAAUGGAGUUACGCCCCGGGCACCCCCGAAUGGUACCAGCAAUUGGAAAUCGUCAUGUUCCUGAUGGGUGAACAGGGCCCCAUUCAAGGACAGGCGAACCAUUUUGUCAUCUAUGCUCCUGAGAAAGUGGAGUACGCGAUCAAGCGUUACACCACCGAUAUCAAGCGCAUUUACGGCGUGCUUGACGAGUACUUGAAGCGCAAUAGUGCCAAUGGCCCUUACUUUGUGGGCACGCACUACUCGAUCGCCGAUUUCGUCGUGUUUGGCUGGGCCAACCGGUUGGACGCGUUGGGAAUCGAACUCGCGCAGUGGCCCCACGUCCAGGCGUGGUACGAAAAGUUUAAGCAGCUCGCACCCAUCCAAAAGGGGAUCGCCGCCUUGGAUGAAGAGACCAAAUAG